GAUACAUGGGGGGUUCGAAAUUUCACUUUAAUUUCCACUGGGAAUACAGCUGAGGUGUUAUUAUUGAUGUGUGUAAUGCUGCUGGAGGAAUCAGUCUGCAGCCCUUUGCAAAUGGUUACGUGUGCUUGAAGUAUACGCACAACUUCGAUCCCAAUCACAUAAAUACACUUCUUCCUACAACCUGGUCUAAAAAAAAAAAAAAACUAUACCAGCUUAUAUAUAUAUUUUGUUUUGUUUUGUUUUUAGUUUGUUUAUCUUGCCCUUCUAAAGAACUGACUUUACAACACUGCGUAAUGCUUAAUUGCGCAUAUGCACAAUUCAACGCUGUCGAUUCAACAGAUGCUAAUACAUUUUGCAUGCACAACUGUUUCCAAAUAAAUUAUUAGAACUUGUUUAAACACGCUUCUAACUUUUCUGGGGACCGUAAUGGAUAAACGUCUCCGCUGCUGUGCACGAUGCUGCGCAGAAAGACCGAGAAGACCGCUUCUGCUUCUGGGUUCUGUGGCGCGUCUCGAGACAAUUGGAAUUGUUAUUGACUCUACAUAAAUAAAAUUCAAUUGAAAGAAAAAAACAAACAGAGAACUGAAACUGUAACCACCUCUCUGGCGACACAUCUGCUGCACGCAGUGUUCAGUCGGACUGUGUCUCAUGAAGCUCACUGGCUGGAUGAAAUGCAGAGGAGGAGCUGCCGUCAGCGUCCCUCGAAGAAACUUCCCUGUCAGUCAGUUGUGACUGUGUCAACAACGCGAAGCGCCGCUCGCAGCCCCUCGGAGCAUCGUUCCCAAACGCAGGUCAAGCAGAGUAAACCGUGGAUUCGCGUUUUCAUGAAGAAUGUGGAGCUUUAAUUCUGUGCGUAAAAGAGACAUUCGGAGCGAGUGGAUCUGGGUAUCGCUUGGCAGUUUGAUUUACGCGCAUUCAUGGAAGGUGUCACUACUUCGGAAGUGAGAGCGGAGCCCUUGCUUAUUGUGAAACAGUGAACGAACUGCUUGCAGGUAUGGCCGCCCCGGUCAUAGUCCCGGUGAUUAUGUUUAUUUUAGGUGUGGUGGGAAAUAUCAUCGCCAUCGUGGUUCUGCGAAUAUCACGAAAGGAGCAGAAAGAGACGACUUUUUACACACUCGUGUGUGGCUUGGCAGUGACAGACCUCCUGGGCACGCUGCUAGCCAGCCCAGUCACCAUCGCCACCUACGUGACGGGCACCUGGCCGGGGGGUGAGCCCCUGUGCCAGUACGCCGGUUUCAUCCUGAUCUUCUUCUUCUUGGUUCAGCUCAGCAUUGUAUUUGCCAUGUCAGUGGAGAGAUAUUUAGCAAUAAACUAUGCAUAUUUCUACAACGAUUAUAUCAACCAGAAAAUCGCCGGGCUUAGCCUUUUGGGCAUAUAUGUCUCCAGCAUGGUGUUUUGCGCUCUGCCCAUCCUGGGGUUUGGACAGGUGAAGAGGCAGCACUCGAAAACCUGGUGUUUCAUCGACUGGAAGAACGACAACACGACGGUCAAAGCUUACAAUUUGAUGUACGCCGGGGUGAAUACAGUCAUCGUGCUGGCCACUGUCAUAUUCAACGUGAUGGUGUGCGGAGCUCUGAUCCUGAUGCACAAGCGCUUUAUCCGACGCACAUCUUUGGGCACAGACCAGCGGCGCUGCGCGGAUCUCCGGCGGAGGAGGAGUUUUGGGCGAUUUGCCGGGGCAGAGAUCCAGAUGUUCAUCCUGCUUAUUGCUACCUCCGUCGUCGUCCUCAGCUGCUCCAUACCUUUAGUGCUGCAGAUUUUUAUGAAUCAGCUGGGAGAGAAACGGGAAGACCCGACUUUGUUGAAAAGGGACCUGGUGGCUAUCCGCAUGGCCUCCGUCAACCCCAUCUUAGACCCGUGGAUCUACAUCCUGCUCAGAAAGACAGUCGCCCGUACGCUGAUGGAGAAAAUCAAGUGCCUGUUCUGCAAAAUGGGCAGCCGGGGACGGAGGAGCGGCGGGCAGUUCCACUGCACCGACGGCCACCGUCACUCCUCCAUCGUCUCGCGGGAUUCCCCGUCGCUGGUGUCCCGCGGGUUGACAGAAAUGACGAGCAUCUCGCAGACUUUCCUGUACCCGCCCGAGAGAACCGUGGACAUGCUGGGGGCAUAUCGAGCCGGGGCGCAGGGCGACGACUCCGGCUCACAGGCUCUGCAGAUGCUGCAAGGCCCCGAGGAGGUCGAAGGGCCUCGGACGAGUCAUUUAGAGGACACAGAGCGAGGGAGGUCGCUGAAAGAGCUUCCGAUCUGCCCCGACGACCCGGCUCUACAGGUGACCUUCACAGACGAGACUGCACACGUGCAGGAGAAAUGCAUAUGAGCGUCAGCGUGAUCGCUGAGAAGAGACUGUCUCAGGACAGAAGACAGGAUCCAGAGAAAGAACUGCGAAGUCACGGACUGAAGACUGAACAAUCGUCCGUUAGUCUGUAGAUAUCAAGUGGACAGCUAAUAAAAAGACAUCUGACAAUAUGUAUUACUCGUAGGUAAUAAUUUACCAUGUCACUAAAUAUACUUCAGUACAGUCACAGCACUUAUUGAAACCCGUAGUGAACAACAACAACGAGGAGCUCUUCUGUUGCACUUUUUUUUUUUUUUUUUUUCAGUUCUAAAACCACUGCUAGGCUUUCAGUUGUUUCGUAGCAUGUCGGGCACAGUGUAAAGGACUAACAUUUAAAAUGUGAACAAGAUGUUAAUUUAUUUGAAGUAUGACGCUGUACGUUAUUGUCUUCUCUGUGGGAAGGUGCAGAUAGUUUGGAGCCAUUUUAAAUCGGUACAAGAUGAAUAUGUUCAUGUUUUUUUUUAUUUGUUGUUUUCUUGGUAUGUAGGGACAUUUGCAAGCAAUUUGGUCGAAGUGGUUAACGUGACAGCUGCAACAUCAAAGCCAGUGCUUUGCAUUUCAGAAUCAUGCAGACAGUAGAGGAUGUUAGGGAGACUCUUGUAAGUUUAAAACUGUUCAUUUACUCCCCAUUAGGUCAUUACUGUCUAAGAAUCAAUCAAGCUUUAUGGUAUUCUGCCCCUAAUGUAAUGUGCAACGCUUCCCAUCUGAUCAGACUGGAAGACGGUCUUAGAUGUCUCCUCUGGUGAGUUCAUGGGUUGUUGGUUUCCUGUUUUAACAUGGCAUUAAUAUUAUGCUGCUAUCAAGACUGAUAUAAACACCGAAGCAUAUUCACCCCGGCAUCAGAUUCACCACAAGAUGUUGACUCUUAAACACACGCACUUAUGUUGUACCAAGCUCAUAAAUGGAAAAUAAAUGUUGAUAAAUAUUCACAUGAA